AUGAAGUACAUUGCCCUGCUCAGCGGCGGGAAGGACAGCUGCUACAACCUCCUCCAUUGUUCCAAAAACGGCCACGAGCUCAUCGCCGCCGCGUCUCUGCGCCCGGAACAAGGCAAAGAGGAACUCGACUCGUACCUGUACCAAACCGUCGGGCAAGAUGCGAUAGAAUUCGUUGGCCGCGCGCUCGACGUGCCGCUAUACAGGCGCGUGAUAUACGGGGCUGCUGUCGAGCAAGGGGGAGAAUAUGGAGGACGUGAUCCCGCUAGUGGCAGCGGAACCUCUGGAGAUGAGACAGAGGAUCUGUAUGAUUUGCUCACAACCGUCAAAAGCCACCACCCAGAUGUACAAGGGGUGUCUGUGGGUGCCAUCUUGUCAAACUACCAGCGUGUGCGCGUUGAACAUGUCUGCCGUCGUCUAGGGAUGACACCGUUGUGCUACCUUUGGCAGCGCGAUCAAGAGGAGCUUCUCUCUGAGAUGAUUGAGGCAGGCAUGGAAGCCAUCCUGAUCAAGGUCGCUGGCAUUGGAUUGACUACGAAACACCUUGGCAAGACUCUCGCUCAGAUGCAACCGACACUCAUGAAGCUGAACGCUCUGUACGGUUCGCAUGUCUGCGGAGAGGGAGGCGAAUAUGAAUCCCUCACAUUAGAUUGUCCUCUAUUCAAAUCCCGUAUCAAAUUAGAUGAAGUCCAGACUGUGGUACACUCGGACAACGAUUUCGCCACUGUCGCCUACCUUCGGAUCAAGGAGGCAUCGUUGGUUCCAAAAGACAGCGCAGGCAUUCCCGAAAUCGCCAUCCCUCCAGUUCUCUCCGAGCCGUUCCAAGACAUAUUUGAUAUUGUCGAAACUGCCAAGCGGUGGCCAGAGGAAACCACAAACGGCUCGACGCAAAACUCGAUGGUUCCCAUCGCGGUCACAAAACGUCUGGGACGAUGGGUGUCUGUGGCAAAUAUUCAGCGCGAAGAUAUCCAGGAUCCCGAGAUGUCACUCGAAGACGAAGUACGAUUUUGUUUCGGAAAGCUCCAGGAGUCCUUGGCUGCGCAUGGCUUGACAUUGGCGAACUGCACCAACAUCAACAUCUUCCUCUCAUCCAUGGAGCUUUUUGGACGGGUAAACGCUGUUUACGCCACCUACUUCGGAACUAGCCCUCCUGCUCGCGCGUGCGUCGCUCUCGACCUCCCGCCCAGGAUACACGUCCGAGUCGAUUGCAUCGCGUUUGCUGAGCGCUCUCCGACCGACCGACAAGCACUCCACGUCCAAGGCCUAAGCUACUGGGCACCAGCCAACAUCGGUCCAUACUCACAAGCUAUCGUCGCAGACGAGCGGGUCUUCAUCUCGGGGCAGAUCGGUCUGAUCCCGAGCCGCCUCAGUUUACCAUCUCCUCCAUCCUUGGCGAUGGAGGCCGCUCUUGCUUUUCAGCACGCGCAUCGAGUAGUAGAAGCUCUGAAAACCAACUCGGGAGGUGGCUGGCAAGGGCACAUGCAAGGCGUUAUCUACUGGCUGGCACACAGAAGGGACAUACCAGCAGUACGCACUGCGUGCGUCAAGCAUAACGAGGACUCCACCGCACCGGCGCUCUUUGCAGUCGUCCCGGAACUCCCAAAAGGUGCAUUGGUCGAGAAGCAGGUGCUAGUACACACGGGACAGUGUGACAUUGAGGACGACGAUGGAACGAUCGUCCGCCAAACAGUUGUUCCCACCUAUAACGAGGGUCGCCUUGAAGACUCGAAAAGCAAUCUGCAUUGGGAGGUCUCGUUCUUCAAGGAAACGUUUUCCACGGUUGCGCUCGUUUGCGUGAAGGGCGAGGAUCCCAGCAUACUCGAGCAACUCCGCACUAUUCCCCCACUACUGGCUGUGAAGAACGCCUUGUCCAUCCGCCUCUUCUACAAUGUAUCGAAAUCGGAAGCGGCAUCUGCAGCCGCGGCUUACCUCACAGGAGCACCUAUCACGCCGAUUCCGUGCAGACACCUGGCGAGCAGACACGGCGACGACUGGGAUUACACGAUCCUCGCUACAUGUACAGGGGUACUCGGAUAG